UAUAACUUACAAGCUGGACACUUCUAGGGCAGAAGAGCGAGCCUCAGAACUCCAAUUUCAAGACGUGAGAAGCACUGUGAGCCACUGUGAUAGUAUUCAAACCAUCCUUGGCGCUGCAUUUGGCGAGGAAGUAGAGGAUGAAGGGCAGCCAGCUCUCCUCAUCGGCGAAGCGCAUUCAGAAGGAGCUCGCAGAGAUUAGCUUGGACCCGCCCUGCAACUGCUCGGCUGGGCCAAAGGGUGACAACCUAUAUGAGUGGGUGUCAACGAUUGUGGGACCAUCAGGAUGCCCCUACUCGGGAGGCGUUUUCUUCCUAGACAUCACCUUCCCGCACGACUAUCCGUUCAAGCCACCGAAGAUUGUCUUCCGCACGCGCAUCUACCACUGCAACGUGAACAGCCAAGGGCAGAUUUGCCUGGACAUCCUCAAAGACCAGUGGAGCCCGGCGCUGACCAUCUCUAAAGUGCUGCUGUCCAUCUGCUCACUGCUCACGGACUGCAACCCCAAGGACCCGCUGGUGGGCUCCAUCGCUAAGCAGUACAUGGAGGACCGCGAGCUUCACGACAAGACGGCCGCGGAGUGGACCAAGCGCUACGCGCAGGGCUAAAGGCCCGACCGCAACAGCAGCAAUGGCUGCGGAGCUGUAGCAGCCAAAGGAGCUGUAGCAGCUGUGGUGCAGCGUAGAGGCCAUGCGGGCGCGCAGCUCGGCGCGCCCGGUCUCGUGCGAAAGCUGCCAUCGCGCUUCCCACCCGCACACGGGGGUGGAGGGCUGGGCUGAGUAGGGUAUGGCGGCAGGGAUAGUUCGCAAUGGGAGAUUUGGCGCUGGCCCAUGCGCGCCACGCUUGUAUGCACACCAGCAUUUAUGCUUAGGAGUCACGUCUGACUGCAGCAGGAGUUGGUCGCGCGAUGGCAGCAGGGGCUUUCACGCGGCAACUGGGAGAUGGCGUGCACGUUGCAGUUUUCCGCUGUGCAGCGUCCCAACCGUUUCGCGUGUUGUACUAUUAGGAUUGCGGUGCGUGAAUCCUUGCAGGAGUACAUGUAGUUAGGUCAAUGCGGACGGUCGAUGCGGAGUGCCAUGGCAUUGGCCAGCAGGCCGCGUUGGCAUGGUGUGUGAUGGGACAGGGUUUAGGCAGGUUGGCGAGGUCCCGUAGGGUGCAGCUGACGCCCAUACCCCAAGCAGACGGCAAGCCAGUUGCAGCGGCAGAGCAGAAGUGCAUGGCUGGCCGCGUUGGCAUGGUGGUGAGCAUAUCGCUUCACAUGCGGCAGAGCGAGUCAGCCCACACCCUUAUUUGACGGCUGAGAGCGGUCGUCGGCACCACCGUGUACGUGAGCUGGUGCUAGGCGUGGCAGGUCUAGGUCAGGUCUAUCUGGCAUUCAGCCCUUCAAGGGACGCCUAUACUGUUGUUAGCUGGCCGCCUCUGUUGAUUGUGGGUGAUGAGUUGUAUGUUUGCUAGGCAUUGCAGGCAGCAACAGUCACCCCAUGCUCACCCAGAGAUGAAACGCGUAUAAUUUAAUACACAAGGGAUG